AUGUAUACUCUAUCUAUAUUAUUAUUGGUUUUGAUAGUACAUCGGUCAAAUGCCUUUACAUCGGUAUCAUCAAGGACUGAGAGAAGCAUAAAUGCCGUAACAACCACCACUUCUUUAGCAAUUUCAGUGGGUCAGUGGCAGGAAACGAAAAAGAAUCAGAAACUCGUGGAAUCACUCUUUGCCGAAAACGAGAACGACGCCGACGACAGCUUGACCUCCAAUGGCCGAUUGAUUCCGCUCCAUCUGAGAGGACAAGGAAGUCUGAAAGUAUCUUCCAACAUUACAAGAUUCGCUACUGCUACAGAAUCCAAACAGACGGUUCUCUUUUUGUCCACAACAGCAGCAGCACUAGACAAUGAUUCUUCCUCUCCAGUCUCAUCCGUACUAUUGCCACUCAAGUCGACUGGAGAAUUGAAACUAUUAUCGUUUGCCGUAGCCAAACGGCCAUUGUCCAAAUCUUUGCUACUAACGCUAAAUGGUCUUUUGGUGAAUCGAGAUGGGGCGCUCUUUGACAAUCUUCCGUGGGCCAAAUGGAGCGUCGAUCCCCAGCAACGAAAUCGGGAUGCGGCGUCGAACCAAAUAGAUUCAAAAUUUCAUGCGGGCAAACGAGAUGCCUAUUAUCGAUUCAUGGGAAAGGAUUGGCAAGGACGGAGUGCUGCCAUUGGGAACGUCGCCCUCCGCCUCAAGUACCUGUUGGAAAGUGACGAGAACAACAACAGUGAUGAUGAUGACGAUGGUGCAGCGCCAUCACUAAAGGGCGGCAAUAAUGAUAUGGAUUCGGACGAGAGCCAAACGGCGCUUGCCACUCGCAUCCUGCAACUGCAAAUUCGAGAAAGUCAAAUGGAAUUGGCGGGAAUGGAAGCCGAACUAGCUGCAGCAUCUGGUGACGCUGAUUCUCAAGAUGAACUAUGCAAAAUCAAAUUGGAUUUGGAAGACAAGAUUGCCAACAUGGAAAAUGACAUGGCCAAGAUUGGAUCCGUCGGCUCCACGACGUCUGCGACAAUGAUUGGAGGAAUCCUAGAAAAUGUUGUCAACUGGUCGACCAAGGAUGGACAGAAUGCUGCACCCUAUCGUGGGGCCACUGGAUACGCUCCCAUUUUGGAUUCCAAAGAGGACAUUGCCGGUAGUUUGCUACCCUAUACCAGCCCCUUUGACCUCCUCAAGGAAAUUUUGGAGGACCAACUCAAUGCCAAAGUGAUUGGUUGUGUCUUGGAAAAUACCAGUCUUUUGAAGGGAAACGUGGUGUUGGGAGGAGCAGUUGUCUUGCAACGAAUAACACCCAAAAAGACCACCAAGAUUAUGGGGGAAGAAGUAACCAUCAAUGACUACGAGGAAGAUUACGGUAACCCGAACGCGAAAGGAGGAGAAAUGAUGAUUGUAGAAUGUGAUAGCGACGAGGCACUUGGUAUGGCAUUGGCAUGUAAUGUUGAAUUGAGCAUUGGAUCCACAUUGUUUGAAAUGACCUCAGUGUUGGGCGAGGAAAAAAUACAAGGAAAGAAUACGGAACAUAUCAUGGAUACUCUGGCAGUCUGGCAGUCUGUAGAUGCAAGUAUGAGCUUGCAAGUCGAAGGGGAACGACAAUCUCAGGGUAAUACUAACCAGUCACCAGUUUCCAUGCCUGGUGCGUUUGACGAGAUGUCCUCAGAAUCCAAGGCAUUGUUCCCCGUCGACUCGCCCGUGAAGUCACUGGAUGAGUACGACGAAAUGACGAAUGAGGUCAAGGCGAAAACUCUUUUGGAAAUGAGCAAUUUUAAUGGACGACUUCCAAGACCACGGGUCGUCCGGCAGCAGUCGGAAUCAUCAACAAAUCCAUUGGAUGAGCUGCUGAUCCCAUUGAUUGAUGAAUCGGUGCGACGGCAAUUUCGGAUCCGUGAUGCAGAGAGACAAGGAGAUAUGGAACUAGCAAAGGAGCUGAGAGCAUCCAAGAGCAAGCGACAGGAGGCACUCGAGCGCAUCGAAUCGGCAAGGGCAAAUGGCGAGGAUGAUCUGGUGGACCAACUUGAAUCCGAGUCAGAGUUCUUGGAAAGUCUGCGAGCUGACAUUACGCAGGACGAAGGAGCCUACAGUCGUUUUCUUGAUCGAGAUGAUUGGUAUGAGCGUGACCGUCAAGCGACUGCAGAAAGGGUAAAGAAAUCAUCCUUUGGUACACUACUCGACGGAAUUGAAUAA